UCAUCACGUUGGGAUGGCAGCAACUGGCAAAUGUGCAUCUUUUCGUCUGCCCCCUCUCCCCACCAUUGGGGAGAUCAUAAAGCUGUAUAAUCUGCGUGCAGAGAAACAGCUCUCUCAGAACUUCCUGCUUGACAUGAAGCUAACAGACAAGAUUGUGCGUCAGGCUGGAAACCUGAGGAAUGCAUAUGUGUGUGAGGUUGGUCCAGGCCCAGGUGGACUCACCAGAUCCAUCCUGAAUGCUGGAGCGGCAGAUUUACUGGUCGUGGAGAAGGAUACACGCUUCAUACCUGGAUUAAAGCUCUUGUCAGAGGCAGCUCCUGGGAGAGUUCGGAUCGUACAUGGCGAUAUCCUCACUUACAGAAUGGACAGAGGCUUCCCUCCUCACAUAGCCAAGAGAUGGGAAGACGAACCGCCUGACCUGCACAUAAUUGGGAACCUCCCUUUCAAUGUAUCAACUCCCCUCAUAAUAAAGUGGUUAGAGGAUAUCUCCAACAGAACCGGACCCUUUGUGUUUGGGCGUACAAGACUCACCCUCACAUUCCAGAAAGAGGUUGCUGAGAGGUUAACCGCCAGCACGGGCAGCAGACAACGCAGUCGGCUGUCCAUCAUGGCUCAGUACCUGUGUAACGUCAAAAGCUGCUUUACAAUCCCUGGGCGGGCCUUCGUUCCCAAGCCUGAGGUGGACGUGGGGGUGGUACACUUCACUCCACUGGCUCAGCCCCAGAUCCAACAGCCCUUCAAGCUGGUGGAGAAAAUAGUAAAGAAUGUCUUCCAGUUCCGGAGGAAGCACUGCCGCAGAGGGCUAGAGAUGCUGUUUCCGGAGUCACGGCGUCUUGAGCUGGCAGAGCAGUUGCUGCGCGAGUCUGAUGUGGACCCCACACUCCGGCCCGUAGAUCUCACGCUUUCACACUUUCGGGCUUUGGCCGACACAUACAGCAGACUCUGCGCUCAAAAUCAAGGCCUCAUCGACUACGACUUUCGAGAAGAGUUAACAGAGAAUCGAGCGAAGAGACGAGCUGACAGAAGCAAAGAGCUUGACUCUUACACAGUGAAGAGAUGAGGACGUUAAUCAUGAUUAUUGUUGGUCAUGUUGACACUGGACUGGAGACUCA